GGAGCUGCGCUCGGUCUGAGCAUGCAGGGACUCGUUUAGGGAAAGCAGGGCGCAGACGUGCAAUACAGGCUCACUCCUUGGCCCCUCCACCUCCUCCCACAAGAGCCAGGCCUACGCCCAUGGAUGAGGAGAGGAGUGCCCCUGCCAUCUCCCCAGAGCCACCUGAUGAGGUGGACCCCAGUGUACCAGCUCAACAACCCAGUUCACACGCAACUUUGACCGCAGAGAGCACAAACAGCUGUCCAAACCCAAAGCCCUGUCCUAGUCCAGAUGUGGCCCACACCUAUACUGAGCCCCUCAUAUUGAGGUUAAAUGGCACCCCAGAAAGGUUACAAGGCGAUGGUGAAGACAAGUGGAACAGCAGCCUCUCACACUCAGAGCUUACAACACCCAGCAAGAGUAUCACAUCUCAACCAGCAGCCAGAUCCACACCCAUCCACCACACCCAGCCAUGUCGGACACAGCCCAGCAGCCAACUACGCAACGGAGCCAAGCACCACGCACACACACACUCCCCUCACACGCACUGUCCGCAUCACACACACGCCCUCCAGUCCAACGGGGUCAGGAACGGGGGCCCUCAUGGGCAUCCUAAGCUGGGCUCGCUCCCGAGAGGCGGAUCAUCCACCUCCUCGUCCUCUUCAGCAGGACCCAAACAGACCAAGAAAUUGCAGUCCAACCCCUCCAUCACCUCCCAGAGCAGCAAGAGGAGCAAGAGCAGCUCCAAGAGUAACAGCUCUCAGAUUCCUACAGAGGCACAGGAUGACUGCUGUGUUCACUGUAUUCUGGCCUGCCUAUUUUGUGAGUUCCUAACUCUGUGUAACAUCGUGCUGGACUGUGCCACCUGCGGCUCCUGCGCAGGGGACGACUCGUGUUUCUGCUGCUGCUGUGCGUCGGAGGAGUGUGGCGACUGUGACCUGCCCUGUGACAUGGACUGUGGCAUCAUCGACGCCUGCUGUGAGUCUGCAGACUGCCUGGAGAUUUGCAUGGAGUGCUGCAGCCUUUGCUUCUCCUCCUGAGGGCCCCGGCCACCACCACCAAAGUAGAUGUCUGCUACACACUCCCACAGGCCUAGGAACAACUUUGACCAGUGUUUUUUUAGGGCUGAGAAGCACUACACCUUUGUCUUUGUUGCCUGGGCUCUAUGGUUUACACUAUAUUGGCUGGCGUAAUUGGCUCCACUAUAUGUCCAUUGUUUCUUACAAGGUUUGCCAAGAAAAAGAUGUUGAGAGCAGUCACUGGUGAAUUCUUCCUCCUACUUUAUUGAUCCAACAAUGAGACAGUAGCUUCCCUGCCUUGUCUUUGCUGUUGGUCCAUUGCUACACAGCUGGAUGUAUGGUGCAGAGUCAGUUCCAGCUGUGGUCCACGAGUGUCGGUCUGCCAGGCUGUGCAGAUCGGUCCUCUGGACCUGCACAGUACAAGCUAUUACUACAAUGGAGCCCCUUGUGCCAUCUAAAUAACCGGAGUUCUCCAAGCAUGAAAAAUGACCUCCAAAGGCAAAUGAGAAAAUGGCUCCAUUUAACCGGAUUUUAGUGUUUCUGUAGAUAAGAGCAGCAGCAUAAUGGGAAAAUGGACGCUCAGAUCUUAGUAGAAAUGUAGUGUCCUCCUGUCCUUGGCAAGGUUAAAGUCUUCCAGUUUGAUACAGUGGCCUUUGUGACACACACACACACACACACA